AUGAUAAAAGUGGUCUAAUCUGCAAGACUUCCUUCAUCUCCAGUUUUCCAUAGAAAGAAACCUACCGAACUUUAAAACCCGUUGGAGAAUCUGGUUAGAGUGUAAUCACCUUGCGGAAGUACAACAAAUAAUGCAUUUGGAAGAUGUCUUACAGUGAAGACCUUAAAUAGUGAUAGAGAUCCUAUUGAGCUUACUAUAACAUUAAUGUUGGAUAGUUAGAAGUAAAAGGAAUGAAUGAAAAUAGAUUGAUUGUUCCAAUUGGAAUACAUCAAAGCACCACAGAGCUAUAUAAGAAAUUAAUCGGGAAAGUUAAUCAAGUAAAUCCUGCAAUUGUGCAUUAAAUUAAACACUUUCAAACACAUAAUAGCGUUAAGAAUUAUAAUAUUGAUUACUAUUUAUCUCUUGAACAUCACCCAUUAGAUGUAUUUAUUGAAUAGAGACAUUUGAAAUUGGAACCUUUUAUUUCAAGAAGUGUUAAUCGCUAAUUGAGUAUUGAUGAUUUCGAGAUACUUAAAUGCAUAGGAGUUGGGUAUUUGAUUCAAAUAUAUAUAAAAUAGAGGUUUUUCAAGAGUAUAUUUAGUUAGAAAGAAGGAUAGCGGAUAUUUUUAUGCAAUGAAACUGAUCGAUAAGAAUUUCAUUCUGAAUUCAAAUAAAGAGAUAAUUAUCAAUAAUGAGAGAUAGGUGAUGGAAUAAUUGAAUUCCCCAUAUUUAGCAAAAUUAUUUUACUCUUUUGAAUCCAAAUAUUAUUUAGUCUUUGUCAUGGAGUAUAUUGCUUUUUGUUAUAAUAUAGAUACUGCGCAGGAGGUGAAUUAUUUUAUCAUUUGAGAAAACUAAGAAGACUUAAUGAGGAAUAAGCAAAAUAAUAUUUUGUAUAGGUUUGCUUAGCAAUAGAAGAAUUACAUAAAUAUGGUGUGGUUUAUAGGGACAUUAAACCCGAAAAUAUCCUCUUAGAUUUAGAUGGAUAUAUUCGUUUAUCUGAUUUCGGAUUAGCCAAACCAAAUAUGAACAGAGAAGAGACAGCAUACUCUUUUUGUGGAUCUCCAGAAUACAUGUCCCCUGAGAUGCUCAUGAGAAAUGGCCAUAGUUUUAUGGUAGACAUUUACUGUUUAGGAGCUUUGCUAUAUGAAUUUAUUUAUGGCUCUCCUCCUUUUUACAGUAGGAACAUUGAAUAAAUUUAUAACAGCAUUUUAAAUGAUAAAAUAUCAUUUCCUCCUUUUGUUAAAAUAGAUUCAAAUCUUAGAGAUUUGAUUUCAAACUUAUUAAUAAAAGAUCCAUAGAUGCGCCUAGGGUCUAAAAAUGGUAUCAAGGAAAUCCUCCAACAUAAGUGGUUCAAAGGAUUUGAUAUCGAAGCCUUGGUUAAAAGAAGACUGAAUAUUAAUUAUCGUCCAAAGCCUUUAAGUUAUAAUUUUGAUGAGGUUGAAUUUGGUAAGGGUGAUGAUGAAUUUAAACAAAAGUUGUAUGAAAAUUUGAAGAAGGAAAAAGAAGUAAAUAUAAAUUAUACUUAGUCGAAAUAUUCUCGUUAUUUUCCUAAUUUUGAAUACACAAAUCAGAAAAUGCAAGAUACUAGACAAGCGAUAUUAAAGCUUAUGUUGUCAUAGAAGCAGAUAUAAGGGUAGUAGGGAUUGGAAAAACCAUAAUAAAAAACUUAAGUUUCCUUAUCUCCAGUUUAAUUGGUCAAAGGAUUAUCAAAUAUUAAAGCAUUGACUUAAAGUUCUUUUAAGUAGUUAUCAUAAUAAAAGCGAUUUAAUACUGAAGUUGAUAUAAGUAAGUUAGUUAAGAAAAUGUGA